AACUGGGUGCAAUAUUAUUACCGUCAAAUUGUUCCGUGAUAAAAGAACACUUUCACAUAAGAUCGGUGGAUUCCUCGGAAAAAGAGAAACAGCUAAAGCAGGGAAAUACGUUGAACUUCCCUCUAUUUGUGGUGUUUGAAGGAGAAAGUACGGAUAUUGGGGAAAAAAUAAAUAGGUGCGUGAUUUGAAGGUGGAUUUUUUUCCGCUCACUGUACCGGGCAGUCCCGGAAAGAGCAGGACGCUCUUUUCCACGUCGCUGCCGCGGUUGGCUUCUCCCAGCCGGAGGUGGAGCCACGUUCCCUGCGUGUGUUGGUCAGCGCCGAUGCGAGAGCCAGGCUAAAGUUUAUUUCCAACAGGAUGAAAUCGCAGUUGGUUUUGCUUUUCUUCGCACUGUUUCUUCUGGAUAGAAGCAGAGGCUUAACAGCGACGAAGCGAGGUCCGAAGGUAACAGCCAAGGUAUUCUUCGAUAUUCAAGUUGGUGGCAAGGAUGUGGGAAGGAUUGUCAUUGGUUUAUUUGGUGAAGUUGUUCCAAAGACUGUGGAAAACUUUAUCACUCUAGCAACAGGACAGAAAGGUUAUGGUUAUAAAGGCAGCAGAUUUCACCGUGUCAUCAAGGAUUUCUUAAUACAGGGCGGAGAUUUUACUUCAGGAGAUGGGAGUGGAGGAAUGAGCAUUUAUGGAAAGGUGUUUCCGGAUGAGAACUUCAAGCUGAAACACUAUGGAAUUGGAUGGGUUAGCAUGGCCAAUUCAGGACCAGAUACGAAUGCUUCACAAUUUUUUAUUUCAUUAACAAAACCAAAGUGGCUGGAUGGAAAACAUGUGGUGUUUGGCAAAGUUAUUUCUGGAAUGCCUGUGGUGCAUAUAAUAGAACUCCAGGACACAAACAGCGAUAAUCAACCUCUCCAAGACUGCGUGAUAGUAAAUAGUGGCAAGAUAGAUGUCAAAGAACCUUUUGUGGUUGAAGUCAGUGAUGACGACUAAUAGGAAAGCACACUGUAUCUCUGAGAAGUAACAGAUGAAAGGCACAAUGGACACUUCUGCUUCCAUUGAUCAAAUUUUUAUUGUGAUAUCCCAAAACAUUUUCUCUCUUUAUAUCUGAGCUAAAGACGAUAUGGUACAUUUAUAAUGUUAGUGCUUAGAAAUUUAAUGGUGCUUGAUAAGUGACCUACCUGGAUGUAAAGCUGGGAGAGGCUAAAAUGCUUCUUAAAGCAAUCAGUCGUAUCCAGUCUUUACUGAUGUUGUUCUCUGGGCUUGAUCCACAUAACCAAGGGCUGAUGUUGUGUUAGCCAAUGCAUCGUUAUCAGUGUCCUUUUUGCUAGUGGGAUGUCCUCACCAGUUGGCUGCAACAGGAAUAGAGUAUUGAGUGCCACCUUCCAUGAAAGGGCAAAAUGGGCUUUUCAAGUUCAAGUUAACGUUUAAUUAUCAUUCAACCAUACAUGAAUACAGACAAACAAAGUUACUUUGGGGGCGAGGUGCAAAACAUACACAGCACAUACAAGAUUGCAAGCUAACAGUCACGCAAGAAUGAUAAAUAUAGCCCAAGUCCUGCAAAUUGAUGGUGCAUAGGUGCCAUUGGCAAGAAAAGGCAGUUCCCAGCAUUCUACAGACGAACGUGUGCAAGCGCAUACGCACGCAGCCCACCUUGUUAUUUCAUUGAUUGAUUGAGCACUAGUGGGCAUCACCAACAGGAGCGGUUAGCCUCCAGUCGAGCAUGGACGCCAUGCAAUGCCGCCUCUGGCUUUCUUCUCCUGGACUGCAGCAACAGGCAAGCCUGCAACUUGAUGCCUGGUCCUCGCUACAACCGAGGCCACGGCUCCUCCGCUAUCUGCCGCUCCAACAAACCAGAGAAAUGGGUCUGUGACAUCUUGCAUAUCAGUGUUACAAUCGCAAGAGAAGCGUUCAAGACAAUCACCCGCCGUUACACUUCACGCAACAACUCCGAUAUCUUCCUGCAGGAGGCAGCAACAUGAGCCAUACCAAGACCAGCUGUUCCAGCUCUUCCACCAACCAGCAGCUCACUGAUGGGGUAAACCUGCAAUACCCAAAGUUCUUAAAAGUCCAGCAUUGUCUUAAAAUUGUAAAAAUGAUGUUUAAAAAAAGACAAAAACACCUUUGGUUGCUUCCCCCCUACCCCCCAGAGAGAACACUGCAUCUGAGCCCGCCACCAUCUUACCAUCUUUCUGAUUGAGCAAUAUUUGUGGAGCAGCGGGGUUUGGAUUGAAAUCCUGCAUCAAGACAGAGUUGACAAUUCCUUCUCCCCUCUCCCCCCCCCACCACAUUUUUUUUGUUGCACCAGAUUCUGGCAUCAGUAGUCUCAUCUCCAAAAAAAAAAGGAGGGAAUAUUCUGUGCUUUUUAAAUGCUCUGUGCAAUGUUACUUAACCUUUCCAAAGCUUCCCAGAAAGCCUGCUUUUUCAAAAUAUUAUUUAUUUGUAAAAAGAUGUUUCAGAAUGGAAAAUGUUCUCAGCGAAGCAUUGAAAUUAAAGUAAUUGCAAAAGUGAUUAACAGUUGGAUUUAAAAUUAAAAGAGGGCAAACAUAUCAAAUUUAUACUGCACGUUGAUCAUCAUUAGCAAGUUGUGAUCUGUUACCUACAUGUAAGAUUGUGAACAAGGUGGGACAGUGGAAACCUGAUUGGAUGAGGGCUAACCAGGAGGGACGGACGAUGUGGGUAUAAAUAUCAUCGACUAGAAAUGCCCAGGGACCAUCCCUGAUGAAGAUGGCAGAGUUUAUCAUUGAAGUGUCAGUUAACAUCGAUACCUGUAUGUGGCUGGAAGCCCAAGAAGAGUUUAUUUGUCAUAUACGCUGGGAAAGCACUGGAUCAUUUGUUUACAUGCAAGAAUAUAAUUAGGGAUUGCCUUUAGAUUGCUAUGAAUUUACCUGGUGAGAUUGGAUUGAAGUUUUUUUAUAUGGUCCGUGUUACUGUGUUUAUUCCUAACAACCAUGGUGAUCCUGAGAUAUGCAUUUGUAAGUCUAAUCAUUUAACAUUACAGGGAAAGCAAACCGUAGAGAAAAAAACUAUUUUAUUAAAUAUUUAUGCUUUACCACCAUGCUUUUCAUGGAUUAUGUUGCUCAUGGCAUCAGAGAACCACACUAUGGAACAAGAGAUCAAAACCGUGAGUUAGUACUUUUUUUCUGCACCAAGGGAAGAAGUGCCUUCAGUCCUUGUUGAACACUGAU